CGCGCAGUUCAACGUAAACAAAGAAAAAUUUCAAGGUCAAGUCGAAAGAAAGCUGUUGAUGACAUUCAAAUCAAGAUAUUCCGAGAAUUUAACCAAUAAUUUUACGUCGAAUUACCAGAAAUCACAUCCAAUAAUAACCAGGGAACCUUUAUGGAUGAUAUUUGAGAGCGAUAGAGCGGAAAAACAGGCGCAAAAUCGAGUAACAUUUCAUGACGCAGGGGCUUAAACGAAAAAGGAAGAAGAUUCAUAGCUGAUUCAUGCAGGUUUUUUUCUGCUGUGGUAUUUUGGUCGAUGGAGAGCUGCUUCCUUUGCAAAUAGGGAACCUAGGACUAUAAUCCAGAAAUGGCGGGGUUUAAGACUCAAUACCAGCGACUCAACUCUAAUGAGGACCAAGAUGAAGAUUUACCACCACAGGGCUUUCAUAAUGGCAGUCGGGGAGGAGGAGAGACGGAAAAAGGAAGGUGGAAUCACAUAGAGAAUUUAGAUGAAUUCUUCAUUAGAGUUUAUGAGUACCACCAGAAGGAUGGUUUUGUUUGCAUAUUACUCACUGAAUUCUUUGCAUUAAUGCAAUUUGCAUUUGUUGUACUGUUCACAUCAUUCUUGGUUCUCUGUGUGGAUUAUGACAAGCUUUUCAAAGACAAAGACCUGUCUUUUAAGAAAGUUAUUCAUUUUCACAAGGUCAAACACAUGGAGUCAGCUAUUGUUGUUUGUCUGGUCAUAGCUCUUAUAUUUUGGCUCAUUCGCCUGGCAAGAUUGGUUGUCUACUUCUUUAAGUUAUUAGAAAUACACUCAUUUUAUAAGAAUGCUCUACAAAUAUCAGAGAGCGAACUAAUUAACCUCCAAUGGCAAGAUGUACAGAAAAAACUAAUAGAGGUACAGAAAAUCCAUCAGAUGUGUGUGCACAAGGAAGAACUCACUGAAUUAGAUAUUCAUCACAGAAUUCUAAGAUGGAAGAACUAUUUCAUAGCUAUGCAAAACAAAGGAGUUAUUCCUUGUACCUAUAAGUUUCCUUUUAUUGGACAGAGAACUUUUCUGACUGAAGGCAUGAAGUAUAACCUGAAGAUGAUCUUAUUCUGGGGACCUGGCUCUCCAUUUCAAGACAACUGGAAGCUAGGAAACGAAUAUAAGAACCUAAGUAACAGAUCAGCGCUGGCCAACAGAUUAUCUCGUAGGAUAUUCUGGAUAGGCGUGGCUAACAUACUUCUCUGCCCCUUCAUUUUUCUUUGGAUAGUACUCUAUUCAUUUUUUAGUUACGCUGAGAUGAUCAAAAGAGCACCAGAUGCUUUGGGAGCCCGAGGAUGGUCACCCUAUGGCAGACUUGUCUUCAGGCAUUUCAAUGAACUUGACCACGAGUUUCGAGCAAGGUUGAGCAAGUCCUACGAACCAGCACAGAAGUACAUGAACAUUUUCACUUCCCCUGUGGGAGCCAUCGUAGCGAGAAAUGUGGUGUUCUUUGCAGGAGCAAUUUUUGCUGUUUUGACGUGUCUGACCAUAUUUGACCAAGAUGUUUUGAGUCUUGAUCAUAUUCUAGCCGUCAUCGCCGGCUUAGGUCUUCUUAUACGAGGAUGUUAUGUAUUUAUUCCUGAUGAGAAUUUAGUGUGGAAUCCUGAGCAGCUGAUGAGACAGAUUCUGUAUUACACACAUUAUAUCCCAGAAAGCUGGAAAGGAAAGGCACAUACCACUGAGGUUCGAGACCAGUUUGCCCAACUUUUUCAAUACAAACUGGUGAAUGUCUUCGAGGAGCUGAUCAGCCCCAUCGUUACGCCUUUUCUGCUGUGUUUUAGCGUCCGCUACAAGUCGUUGGAUAUCGUAGACUUCUAUCGUAACUUUACUGUAGAGGUUGUUGGUGUGGGUGAUGUUUGUUCGUUUGCGCAGCUUGACGUCAAGAAACACGGCAACCCUGAUUGGAUGUCAAAUGGACUCUCCGAAGCAACACAGUACGAACAAGGUGAAAAUGGCAAAAUUGAGCUUUCACUUCUUCAUUUCUCGAUACGAAAUCCAAACUGGAAGCCAUCAGAACGAGGAGCACAUUUCAUCAGUACUAUCAAGGAAAAUGCCAUGCAAGAAGGUCUUCAGCUUCAAGGGAGCCUCGCCAUAUCUGAACCAAGCUCUCUACCAGAAUUCAGAUCAUUUAACAGCUUCCAAGGCUUACCAUAUUUACCAGCCAUGUCACUAAGUGACCCUACAGUAGGUGGUCUAAAUGGGGGAAUCACCAAAGCAGAUACCCGCCAACACCGUGAACAGAUGACUGAGGCUUUAAUGAACUCUAGUGUCUUGUACAUGCAUGAGCUUCACAGCAGACAAGCUGAAAGGCUAUCCCACGUGUCAACCUCUGGUCAUAGUAUUGCUUCUGGUUCAAGACAAGACUGUGGAUACAUGGAGCAACAACAGCAAGAGUUCGUUGAACGCGUUGGCGAGCAGGAAGACCUUCAAUACGAACAUCGGGAUGGGAAUGAAGCUAUUGUGUAGAGUCUGAAGAAUAAAACCACUUUUGGACAAUGUUAUUUUAAGGAUAUCCUUUGGUUUUAAUAAUAUUCUUUGGCUUUAAUUUGCAAACUCAAUACAGCGUAGGUAGUGUUAUUGGGGAGAGGCUAUUGGGAGUGUUAAGGAGGCUGGAAAGCGUUUUGUACCUUCACAUAAACUCACAAUUAUGAACUAAAAAAAAUAUGAUAUGACAGCAAGUAAACCAGGAAAACCAAAGACCGUAUAAACCCAAAGAUCACAGCGAACGUGAAAAAUUGACGUAAGACGUUACUAUGACAAUAUCAGAACCCUUCUUAUGCCAUCAAAAAUGUUCACUUAAAAAAUCAUAACUCAGGAACCAAACGGUGAAAAUCUUUGAAAACCGGAAUAUUUAAACUUUGUAUCGUAAUCUUCUUUUUGACGAAAAAAGAAAAAAUUCUGUGAGGGAAUUCGUAAAAACCAAUAAAAUUUGUUUGGAAUAAUUCCCUCUUACAGAAUUUUUUAAAUUUUUUCUUAAAUUUUCGGAAACAUAAACCAAAGCCAUAUGCAAAACUUGAAGAAGUUUCACCGCAGAGUUUUUGAUUUUUUUCAGCUUGAAUAUUAAAAUUUUUGAGGACAAAAUUUUCGUUUUGCAAGUUCUAGGUCAUCGGACGUAGAGCACGCGCGUGCUCAAGAAAAACCCUUUCGAGCCUCCUUACGAAAGUCUAGUGGUACACUCACUACCUUGGAUACUGGUGUGUUUUUGGCAAAAAUUACUUGUUUAAAGAUUGUAAAAAUAACAACAACAACAACAACAACAAUAAAAGCAACCAAUAAUAAAAGCAACAACCAUAAAAAAGCAGCAACAACAAUAAAAAAUAGUAAUAACAAUAAAAAGCAGCAACAACAGCAAUAACAAUAAAAAACAACAGCAACAGCAGCUGCAACAAAAAUAAUAGCAACAGAAAAAAACAGAAACAAGUAACGUAGCAACAACUAUAAAGUAGCAACAACUACAGCAGCAACAACUGGUUUCAUUGGUUUCAUCCUAUAACUCUAUCGCUUGUACUUUCAAACACUUAACUAAUAUUCUUGCAAUUAGAUUGAAAUCUUUCUCGUUUUACUGGCCUAGUAAAACAAAAAUUAGUUAUCAAUGCGUAAUAGUCAACUGAGUAGACACAAAAGGAAAGAUUGAAGAUAGAGUGAUUCUAAUUGGCACAUGAAAAAAGUUGUAUAAUUAGUGAGUAACAGUCAAAGUAAAACAAAAGAAAACGAUGGAAUUUGUGGGAAACCACUAAACUUUUAGUUCUGUUUAUACGACGUCCAACAGAUAAGUCCGUUUGUCUGGCUGGCCAAAACUGGACUUCAACACAGUCGUAUUACAUUCAACAUAUUUGCACAAAUUCAAAUAAAAUAAUCAUUAUUCCAUUUUUAAUUUGUGCAAAUUCAGUUUUCAUUUAGAUAUUUAAAGGCGAAGGAAACAGUCUUUUUAAAUUAACUUGAAUCUGAAAUAUUGGCGGGAAAUCGUCACGUGGAAAAGCGUUGUGAUUGGAUGAAUUUCCUGCUGUUUGAUUGGUCAGAAAGAGGAAGCCCCGUUUUCCACAAAUUCUUCAAUGGAAUUUUAAUUCAAUGUGAGUUGUAAACAACGUCAUUCCCUUGAAUAUUAUAAAUUUAACAAUUAUUCGCCGAAGGCGAAGGGAUUAUUGGUGGGAAUAUUUAUAUCACUAUAAACAUAAUAUAAAUAUCCCCAUAAUCACUGAGCCUGAGGGGAAUAAUUGUUUUAGUAUAAUUUUAGGCUUGAAUAUCAGAAAAAAGUCGAAAUUCAGGAUAACCGAUCUGGAAAAGAUUGGAAAACUUCAUAAUCACUGCUCCUGCAAUGAUUAUUGUCUCAGAACCACCAGUCGCUCGACCAAUCAUAGCGCGAGAAACUCUAUAUUCAAGUCCAAAAUUAUAAAAAAAGUAAGCUUAUCAAAAGUAAAAGAAAAACCUCAAAUUAUCAUUGAUAUGAAUAUGAUUUUCGAUACAAGUUGAGUACAUUUUAACUUAAAAAUC